AUGGUAAAAUUCAGAAGAACAGCAGUGUACUUUGUCUGCGCUCUAGCUGUCUUCCUGGCAGUCAUGGAGUGUGCAGCAGACGUGCAGCCAGCGCCUGAGCAGCAGGAGGGACAGCAGCCAGCGCCAGCAGAAGAAGGGCUAGUGAAUGGAGUUAGAAUGAACGAUAAUGUGGAAAAGUUUGUUUCUCUUUACGGAGAAGAUCCUGGGCUGGAUGAAGUGAACCUCAGCAAAAAAAGCCAUUUAUACUGGAUGAUAGACUGCAAUCCGACAAACAACAUAUUUAAAAUAAUGGCAUUCCUUGCGUACGGAAAAAAUCCAGAAAUAAACGCAACAGAAAAUAGAGAAAUGGCAGCUGACGUGGUGUUGUAUAUUCUGCAAGUGCUGCCGCAUGUAACUGUCGCUGAUAAAACAAGCACGUCUCUCUACAGAAAAAUAGGAAGUCAAGACUCAAACCACGAGAAGGGCUCAAUCCAUCUCUUUGCUCAGAUCACAGAAGCGCUGCAAAUGAGCAAAAUGGGCUUACACCUUCCUCUAGAGACCUAUGUAAAAAUGUUUAAGCACUUUUAUGAUGAUUUUUACGUAUAUAAGCAUACUAACCUUAUGACCCCGCAGGUUCUAUUCAACAUGCUGUACAUUCACUCGGUUAUGAACAUAGACAUCAUAGAUAAAAAUGCCACUAACGACGCAUACACAAGAAGGUUUCUGUACAACUUAGGGAAGUGUGUAGAUACACUGAUUGAUAAUUCUGAUGAUAGCUACAUAUCAGAAAUACACAAAAUAUGCUCUGAUGAUCAUACAGAAUACAAUACAGCACAAGAUGAGCACUUUUUAAGAAAUUUUAUAUUGCGCAAGAUAUAUAACGAUGACAAAAGUCUGUUUAAAUUCUCCACAAUAUACAUAAAACACCAAGAGGAUUCGUAUGGAGACGAACAAAAAACUGAGCAAAUAGAAAAAAAAUAUAUUCUCAAUCUCAAGGUUCUGGAGUAUCUCCAUCCUCUGAUCAGAUACGAGAUUAUAAACAACUGCAAAAUCACUGUAGUAGAAAAGAGCCCAAUCAUUUCCUAUCUAAAAGAAAAUACACGGAAUUUCAAGCCCAAGAACGUAGUGGUCAUAAAAGUAGAGAAAGUAGAUGAAAAUACGCCGAUAGAACAGCAUAUGAGACUGGAUCUUGCAAAUUCGAUUUUGAGCACUCCCAAUGUGUAUAUUGCCCCAGACUCAGACUUAUCAGAGUUCGAAGAAGUAGAGCUGACAAAACGUUUUCUUAAAGGAACAAAAAUAUUCACCACAAAAGGCCGGGAGUUUCCGAUUGAAAUAAUUAGGCCUGAGAAGGUACAGACAAUCACUGUAGAAAAUAUUGAUCCCAAACCAGAAGAGCCGGUAGUAGUAGUGCAGCCAGUGGUAGAAGAAGAACCGAUAGUAGAAGAAGAGCCGAUAGUACAGGAAUCAGAGGAAGAUAUUCUCGAUGGUAAAACUUUAAUCAAUGAUAAAAGCUGGAAAUCAGUUUUAUUCUAUCUGUCCAUGGCCUUUAGCACUCUGCUUCUGUUUGUAUCCGAGAACUUUUUCUUCCAGAUUAUAUUCUUAUUCAUGAUCACUGCGGUUUCACUGCGCAAACUGUUGGCUAAAAGCAGGUCAAAAGUCUUUUACACUGAUUACGUCUUGGGCAAUGUUAUUGCAGCGGUAAUGAUGAUUAUGUGUGUUGCAUACUUUGCCACUCUUUACAUGGGGUCUUUUUAUUUGCCGUACGACAUAGCGUGUAAGGUUCUAUACUCUAUCCUAGCAUCAACAGCAAUCUACGGUCUGUUCACCACACUCGAUACAAAGUUUACUUUGUCACAAAAGCCCGCAGACCUGACAAGAAAAAAUGUGCUUAGGAACUUUUUCCUUAUGCUAUCCAUGAUAUUAACGGUACUUAACUUCGUUUUAUUCCUCGUCCCAGGAGAGGAGUGGAAGGUGUUUAUGGUCAACAGCAGAUCGAUCAUAUUUAUAGCAAUGUACCAGUACAUCGUGGCCAGUUACACUGAAAAUCCGCAGCUCUCCAUUUUUACUCAUGAAGAAGAAAGAAGUAUUGAAAACAUAGGGUUUGUUCCCAUGCUAUGGCAUUGCGCUAAAAACAUCUUUUCAGUCUUCGGCACGUACGAGAAUGAGAGGUAUGGAGAUGAGCUGGCCGCAUGGUUCUUAACACUUCUAUACAUUAUAGUAACAACUACCAUCUCUAUAACUAUCACUUUGCUAUACUUUAACCUAGUGUCAUCUAACAAAGUAGAUGAAUACAUUUCAAAUGCAAUAUGA